UCGCUGAGGGCGCCAUUUAUAUAAAAAUAAACAAAAACGCACAUGGAUUGCAUGGUGAACGAUUUUGCUAGCUACUGAAUUAUUGUGCUUUAUUAAUUUGGUUUGUAACUAACUUAUAACUAUUGCAUAAAAUAAGAUUGAUAUACUAGAAAGCGUUGCUAGUGAAGUAAUGAUCCUCAAAUUAAUGCCAUCUCUCAAAUUUCUAGGCCUAGCAGCACGCCUACUACUGCAGCAGCAUGGAAGGUUAACCGCUUGCAUUGCCACUUCCUCGGUUGUUCAUACUCCACCGAGGUGGGCCAAGACUAGGCCUAGGCCUCACCUAUACAGGGCAGUAAAUUCGCAGAUUGAGGAAGAAAUUGACAGGCUAAGUCCAGUUACCGACUCUAAAACAAACAAAGAACAUUUAUAUUCUGAAGAAUAUGACAUCAAUGAUGGUAAGUGUCAAAAAGAGAAGGAAUUUAAUGUCGAGUUAAAUAGGCCUAAUUCAAGGCCCUUUCUUGGAACCAAGCCAAAAGGUGCCUUAAUUCAAAACAAAAAACUUGUGUAUAGUGAAGAUGUAUGUGCAUCUGACAGUCAACAUUUCAAGGAGAAUAAAGCAGGUCAUCUUCAAGGUCUUCCUCAGAGGAUACGCAAACCAGCAGAGAGGAUGAAAGUUAUCUUAAAUAAAAGCAAGGUCAAACAGUGGAAGUCUGAUGGAGAUAGAAUGAGGGAUGAUGGUCAGCGGUGGAAGGCGAUGCCUUCAGCCAAAGGAACACGGUCUAAUAGAGAUAAAACAAGGUCUGAGGAUCAACAUUGGAAAAAGAUGCCCUCAUCCAAAGGAACACCUAGGAACAGUAAACAUAUAAUAUGUCCUGCAAUAGGCAAUGACCUUUUGUUUGGAGUUUCACCGUGUUGUCUUGCACUUAAAGCUAAUCGAAGGAAGAUCAUCCGAGCGUACAUUCGUAGUGGCUUAAUAGAAUCAGAAACCAACCGUCCUGAAAUUGCCAAAAUACUAACAGAGCUUAAUGAAAAAGAAAUUGAGAUUGUUCCAUUACACCGCAAUGCCUUGGACAAAAUGACCAAACACAGACCACAUCAGGGAAUUUGCAUGGAAGUCAGUAGGUUGUACUACACACCACUCAUUGAGGAGCAGGAUAUGAAAGCACCGGACAGUAGGAUGCCAAUCUGGUUAGCAUUAGACCAGAUCAUAGAUCCCAUGAACCUUGGAGCAGUGCUGAGGUCAUCGUAUUUCCUUGGAGCUGAUGGUGUUAUUGUUAGUAGGAAAAAUAGUUGCUCUUUGACCCCAGUGGUCAGCAAAGCAUCCAGCGGAGUCAUGGAAGUCCAGCCAGUCUACGCUGUCAAUGACCUAGCAGGUUUUCUGCAGUCUCUGAUGGGCUGGGAUGUUGUAGGUUCAUCAAGUAGUGAUGAACAAUACGGGACCGAGCAUGAUGGGAAUGAUGACUGCCAUGUACCUAGUGGAGGGAUUGAUAUUCAGAAACCAACAAUCUUAGUUGUAGGAAGCGAAGGCUUUGGUUUGAGGGAUGACAUUGCAAACUGCUGCAACAUGUUCUUAACUGUACAUCCUGGUCGAGAACUGCAUGCUGGGAUAGAUUCUCUUAAUGUUUCUGUAGCAACAGGUAUUCUUCUAAACCUACUGCUUACCAAGAGGAAUUCACAACUGAGGGAAGAAUAGUAGAGAGCCUUUCUAGAGACCUGUUGCAACUCAAUUUCUGAGCUCCUGGAUGGUCAUUAAAUCUUCAGAUUAACAAUGAAUCUGAAACCAGAAAAAAAAAAUUAAUGGUAACAAAGGAAACUGUUGAAAAAAAGAAUGUCAACAACCAAACCUUGUUGCAUGUGAGUUAGCUUGACAUUUACCAUGCGAAUAUAUUGCUCUUUUAUUAACUUAAAUGGGAGCCAUUGCUAAAGAUUUGGAUAAAAGUUGAAAAAGAAAGUAUCAAGACAUCAUCCAGUUUGUGAUAAUGUUUCUAAUGCAGUUCUCAACGACGUGAUGUGCGAGGCUGAAUUUCGCUUUAAAAUAGCAAAUUACGAUCGCAAAAUGUGGGGUCGUCUUAUACGCGCAACAUACACCUUUUUGGAAUUUUAAAAUCUUGUUCGUUUAUGGAAAAUAUAUAGUUAUAACUUCAUGGUUCGUCUUAAUCUUUUGUGGGGAUCGUCCGUAACACACAAAUUUGCUACUAAUAUAUGCUGUACAUACAAACAUCAUCUUAUACGCGAGAAUAUAUAGUUCAUAUCCCAAACCUGACCACAACAAUAUUUAUUAAUGUGAAAUAAAAACAAAACAUGUUUAAAUGGUAAAAACUGCUUUAUUUAUUAUUCUUACAAACACUUUAUUCUGUACAAUUCACAAAUAAAUAAACAUAUUCUACGUACAAAAAUACACCUUAAAGGCCUGAUAUUAACAGUGUGUGUGUGUAUAGUGAGACAUUGUGUAGGUUAGGAUGAACAAAACAAUAUACAUCUCCCUUGAAUUUUUUCAAAAAGAACACACAGAAUAAGACAAUUUUUAACCUUUUGCACAAUACUUAUUACAAAAAAAUACCAAUGUAGUUAUUGUCAAUAUCUUGUUCCAGGCUACUGUUUAUAAAUAACAUGCCUUUACUGUAACUAUAUAUUAAAAUAAAACCAUAAAUUCCAAGGAAUGUCCUUAAAACAAUAUUUUCAUCCCAAUACAGAGGGAGGAGUGACCAAUUGAUGCAAUAUAUCUUAGUCAAAAUCAAUAAAAGAGAAGUAAAUUGUUUUAGAAUUUAAAACACAAUGACAAUUGAUAUACUAUAAUUAAUUCACCUAUAAUUAAUAUUUUUAAUGAAACAAAGCAACUGCUACUCUUACCUGGGGUACAAAUAUGUGUGUGUGGGGGCAGGGGGGUUUGAGCAUAUAAAUCUGGGUACAGUACCGUGAAAAUGUUAUUGUUAUUUACUAUACAUUUAUGUAUGAAAAUUAAAUCGCAUAACAAUAAAAAUGUAGAUGUGAUACAGCAAAGCCAAUGAGUUGCACUGAAAUAAAU